UUGAAAUACCAUACCCCUACUCCAAUUCCCCCAAACGUCGUCAUUCAUUUAGACAACUUUGCAUUCCAAACCAAGAAUCUAGCCCCACCUCAGAUAAGAGCCUUAUUUAAAGAGUUUCGCUAUCGAAACCUUACCAACAGCAUUGUUCUGGCAACAGACGGAUCAAAACAAUUGGACAGAACCAGCGUGGGUAUAUAUUCCUCUAAAGGUUAUACGGUCUCUGGCCGAAUUCCGUCACAAACAUCAGUCUUUACCGCAGAAGGAUUGGCGAUCUUCCUCGCCCUUAAACAUUGUGUUACCAGCUACGAACAUUAUACCUUGCUAACAGACAGCCACUCAAUACUUCAGUCCCUCUCCAAAGGCACUAGAAAAUCUCCAAGAAUCUCACUACUUCUCCUAGACCAAAUAGCCAAAUCUAGCCAAAUUGCGAAGUCACUCUCAUUUAUCUGGGUCCCAUCCCAUACUGGUAUUACUGAAAACGAACAAGCUGACCAACUCGCUAAACAGGCACUUAAUCAAGAUUUUAUCUCGCACCUUUCAUCACCCCAAGAUCUUUGUCAAAUGUUUUUGAGAGAUGAGCUCAAUAAAGAACACAGAGAAUGGAAAGAGUGCAAAUACUUCCAACCCUUUCCGCACCUCGACGAACCUCAAGGCUACCGCCCACUUAUCAAGUCCCGAAAACUAGAUGUGUUAAUAGCCAGACUCCGAACGAAAACGCUUCCAACUAACGCGAUUCUACAUAAGUGCAAGUUAGUAGAAAGUCCUAAGUGCCCCAACUGCGGACAUAUAGACACGAACGAACACUACCUCCUGGACUGCUCUUUUUAUCAAAAUGCUCGUAAAGACCUCUAUCAAUCCUUAUCCCUGCAGAGCCCAGCUUUCACUGAUCUGGUUAACUUGUCUCUCAACUCCCGGACCAAAAUCCAAUCCCUCUUAAAAUUCUUCCAAGCAACUAACAGAUUCUAGCAGUUCGCUCCAACCUUGUGCUAUCUACCCAGCCCCCAACCUGAAAUGAGCCUUAUUUAUUGAAACGCAGAGCUAUAAGCGAUAAGCAGAGAGCUCGCAGCACUUAACUAUACUCAAUACUCAAUACCCCAGUUGAAAUUUUAAAACGGCGAUUUGAAAUAUAUUAUACCACACACAAUGAGUAUUUGCUUGAAUAUGGACAAAAUGCCAAUGAUAGUUGGGAAACGGAGAUGCAAAAGACCUUAUUGCUCAGACACAGUUUUCUUGAAUCUAAAGCUAAAAACAAAAUAAAUUAUCAUCGUUCAUUCUAAGACUCAGAUAACAACAAAACACUUAUGGCAAGCUUUACUUCAAUUUGCUACUAACAAUAAGUAAAAACCAUGUUUUUUUGAGUUGUUAUCAUAACUUUGAAGUGCCAAAAUUUGAUAUCGUGAUGUAUUUUUAAAAGAUAUCGAUCAUUUAACAAUGUAUCUCAAUAUUUUUUUAAUCCAAAUAAAAUUUGAUGAGAUUGUGAUCUGUGGCAGAAGAAUCAACUCAAAAGGUUUCUUUUCUGCCACCAUUGGCCAGGGGAGAUUUUCAUAUUGGUGUCUACAGCAAAAUAAUCGCCAACAUUAGUAGCCCGUAAGGUAGUGGCUUCCAGGUAGUGGCCUGUAACCUGCAAGAAACUAGGAAACAAUGCAGAAGUAGACCAACUUUCACAAUAUAACUUCUACCAUGUAAAACUUAACAUGUUUUGUUUGUUUUACAAGCAAAUUUCAGGGGUGGUUAUAUUCAGGCAGUACCCCGAAAUCCAUGUGUUUUGUAUCAACCUUCCAGGUCUAAAAAUGAAUAGUCGGGCAAAUGAUUUUUCUAGGAAUAUCACGGGAAUCCAUGUUUCUUGAUAUUCUUUGUUGGUCCAUUUAGAAACUUUCCUGGAAGCAAUGGAACCCCAUAUCCACCAUGUCUGCUCCUUCUAUUCCAACGUCCACUCUCUACAGUCAACCAGUUCAAAGGCAACCUUUUUCAUACAUGAACUGAAGAAAGAUUGCUGAAAUCCUUUGACCAUUAAAGAAAUGUGUACAGUAAUUAACUACGAUCAAACUGUUGUGGAUGCGAUUUUGCCUAAAAUGGAAGUGUAGCGUAUCUACCACUACAAAAUUACAACUGCAUUUCACUAGUAUAUAAGACAUGUUAACUCGACUCUAUGUCGGGGUACCUUUUCAUAGAUGACGGUUGACAUGGUCUGUAACUACUCUCCCCACAGAAGUAAAAGAAGCUCAAUUAACUGAAGAUGAUGCAUUUUUCGCCUCUAGAAAGGAACACCAUAACUCAAAAACCAUUAAGAAUGUUCUUCCUUCAGAUGGUUUACAAAACGACUAGGUACAAUUCCAAUACAAGAUGUGUAUGUACAAAUUAUUCAAUCCCCUGGCAAGUAUGGGAUAUCUCCUUGCAGUAGACAAAGUGCAGAGCAGUACAGAGAGUUUGAAAGAUAACCCUUGUUGUCACAAUUGCCUCUUUUCUUAUCCUAACAUGGUAUGUGUCGGCUGCAUUUUGACUUUGAAGUUUUUGUUAAUCAAACCUACCAGCUUAUAAGUUGCAGCAUGAUUUUGCAAGAAGAAAUAUUCCAAGUACUUACAAUGUUCUCUAUCAAUUGUGGCCGAUGUCUCCUCACCACUUUCACGGCUGUAAACACAUCUACUUCUUCGUGCUCAAUGGCCUGCUCAAUAGCAAUGCUGGCUGCACAGUACACGCCCACACGACUCCGACCAUUGCUGCAAUAAAGAAAAAUCCAUUUUCUCUUAAAACCUGAUUAAUAUGCAGUUUGAUUAACAAGCAUCUCUAUUUUAAAAUUAAAUUGUAUACUAGCCAGAAAUUAUUGAACUUAGCAACAUGAAAUUGUGAAGAUAUCAAAUAAAUUUUAGAUUAUAAAAAGAGA